CUUCAGUUGAGUGCACAACUAACGAGUUUACUUGUGAUAAUGGAGAAUGUAUUGAUGUAAGAAGGAAAUGUGACGGGAGAGAUGAUUGUUUUGAUGGUUCAGAUGAAUCUGAAACAACUUGUCCUUCAGUUGAGUGCACAACUAACGAGUUUACUUGUGAUAAUGGAGAAUGUAUUGAUAUAACACAGAAAUGCGAUGGGGGAGUUGAUUGUUCUGAUGGUUCAGAUGAAUCUGAAAUUACUUGUCCUUCAGUUGAGUGCACAACUAACGAGUUUACUUGUGAUAAUGGAGAAUGUAUUGAUGUAAGAAGGAAAUGUGACGGGAGAGAAGAUUGCUCUGAU